AGACCAUGGCGAGCCCAGGAAAAGACAAUUAUCGAAUGAAGAGCUAUAAGAACAAUGCCUUGAACCCCGAGGAAAUGAGGCGAAGAAGAGAGGAAGAGGGCAUUCAGCUCCGGAAGCAGAAGCGGGAGCAGCAACUUUUUAAACGAAGAAAUGUGGAGCUGAUUAAUGAAGAAGCCGCCAUGUUUGAUAGUCUCCUCAUGGACUCCUAUGUGAGCUCUACAACUGGGGAGAGUGUGAUCACAAGAGAGAUGGUGGAGAUGCUCUUUUCUGAUGAUUCUGACUUGCAAUUAGCAACCACACAGAAAUUCCGGAAACUGCUCUCCAAAGAGCCUAGUCCACCAAUAGAUGAAGUUAUCAACACUCCAGGAGUAGUUGAUCGGUUUGUAGAGUUUCUGAAGAGGAAUGAGAAUUGUACAUUACAGUUUGAAGCUGCCUGGGCUCUAACAAACAUUGCCUCUGGAACCUCUCAGCAGACCAAAAUUGUCAUUGAAGCAGGGGCUGUUCCCAUUUUUAUAGAGCUGCUUAACUCGGACUUUGAGGAUGUACAGGAACAGGCAGUCUGGGCCCUAGGAAACAUAGCUGGAGAUAGUUCCAUUUGCCGAGAUUACGUCUUGAACUGUUCCAUCCUUAAUCCUUUGUUAACACUCCUCACCAAGUCCACACGUCUGACAAUGACACGGAAUGCAGUCUGGGCCCUGUCAAAUCUCUGCCGAGGGAAGAAUCCACCCCCAGAGUUCGCAAAGGUCUCUCCUUGUUUGCCUGUACUAUCUCGCCUACUCUUCAGCAGUGACUCAGACUUACUGGCAGAUGCUUGCUGGGCUCUCUCUUACCUGUCUGAUGGCCCCAAUGAGAAGAUCCAAGCAGUCAUAGACUCUGGAGUCUGCCGGAGAUUGGUAGAGCUUUUGAUGCACAACGAUAACAAAGUGGCUUCUCCUGCCCUGAGAGCUGUGGGUAACAUUGUCACUGGGGAUGACAUCCAGACCCAGGUCAUUCUUAACUGUUCAGCCCUCCCUUGCCUCCUCCAUUUGCUGAGCAGCUCCAAGGAGUCAAUCCGGAAGGAAGCUUGCUGGACCAUUUCAAAUAUCACUGCUGGCAACAGGGCUCAAAUACAGGCUGUCAUAGAUGCAAACAUCUUCCCUGUGUUGAUUGAAAUCCUUCAGAAAGCAGAAUUUCGUACAAGGAAAGAAGCAGCCUGGGCCAUCACCAAUGCCACAUCAGGAGGAACCCCUGAGCAGAUCAGGUACCUGGUGUCACUGGGCUGUAUCAAACCGCUGUGUGACUUGCUGACUGUGAUGGAUUCAAAGAUUGUGCAAGUGGCCCUCAAUGGACUAGAGAACAUUCUUCGGCUUGGAGAGCAAGAGGGGAAGCGCAGUGGCUCAGGGGUCAAUCCCUACUGUGGCCUCAUUGAAGAAGCCUAUGGCUUGGAUAAAAUUGAGUUUCUCCAGAGCCAUGAGAACCAGGAGAUCUACCAGAAGGCCUUCGAUCUUAUUGAGCACUACUUUGGUGUAGAAGACGAUGAUAGCAGCCUGGCUCCCCAAGUGGAUGAAACGCAACAGCAGUUCAUCUUCCAGCAGCCUGAGGCCCCCAUGGAGGGCUUCCAGCUAUAAUGUCUGCCUCCGGGGAGGGGAGGGAAUGGGAAGCACCACCAACCAGCAGAGGAGCAGCCCUYUGGUGGGCGGGAAAACAGUCCCCCCACCAUCAGCCACCACACACCUGCUGCCCUGGAGACUGUGYUCUUGACCUGCUCCGCCCCCUUCCCUGGAGGGAGCACCCUCUGGACUGACAGAACCAUCUGAGGCUCACAUUUGGGUUUUGUGACAAGAAGGGGACGUGUUGGGUUUUUCUUCCUUACACUAUAUUUUGGCUGCACACAUGUCUUUAACCCAUGAGCCCAGGGGUAGACAAAGGAGGACUGAGGUAAUCAUUUUGCACCUUUUUUUUUUUCUUUUUAUCUUAGUGGUGACUUCCUUCCUUUUAUCUUCCUUCAUCUUUCCCAGUCCUCUGCCCUUAUCUGUGUAAUUCUUAUCUUGGGUACUUGAGCAGAUGGAAUAUUCCAGAGGUGGGAGGUGGGAGGGGAAGGGAGAAAUCCAAAACAAAGUGUUCUUGCUCUGACAGAAUAUUAAUCUUAUAUGCUUGGAUUGAGUUAUUUAAUUUUUUUUUCUUUUGCACAUUUUUCUUGUAUUAAGGUUGCUCUUCCUAAGACCAUGAGUUCCUGAUUUUAGGAAUCCCAGCUGCCAGCAUUGUCUGGGACUAGAGGCUGAUGGGGAGGCCAUCAUGAGAUAUAGGCCCCUCUCUCCUCUGAACAUUUGCCCAGACCUCUUUAAUUUGGGAGACCCCCUCACUCCCCUGGGGCAAGUACACAGUGGGAGUAGAGGGAAGGAACACAGGCCUUCAGGCAGGGCUUCUCCUGUGUAGCUACUGACCCCCAUGUUUCCUACCCACCUUCUGAAUGGUGCAACCCAACUUCAUUUGUUUACUUGAAAAUUCCCCUCAGAGUUGAGUGAACCUCUGAGGUGACUGUAUUUUCUUCUAAGCUCAAGACAGGGGGCUGUGGUCCUUCCUUUCUCCUGAGGAGAAAGUCCUUGCUCUGGUGACCCAUAAAGUUGCAGAGGAGAUUGGAGUGAGAGUGUCAUGUAUUGGGAUAGUCAGGGAUCCCUGCCCUUAGCCUUUCUUCUUCCUCUUCCAUAGUUGGAUCAUGUAUAUUUUACUUCCAAAGGAGAGAAUGUUAAAAUGUUCUGUAUUUUUUUAUAUUCUAUAUAAUUAGGUAGGUCAAUCUUAAUUGGUCUUAGGAGGAACUGUCUGUAACUUCUGUGAGUAGGAAUAUACUGUAAGAUAGACCAAAAAAAGAAAUGUGGAGGCUCUCCCACGUAGAAGGUCUGAACUUGGUCCUUUUCCUCUCUGGUUAUAGUCUGGGCCACCAGCUGGGACCAGCCCUCAGCUCUAGAACCUUUAUAAAGCAGGUCAGUAUGGUUUGAUUUUCCCAGUACCUAAAGAGAGCAAAGACAGCCCCAAGGCUGGUGAAGUCUACCAUCAGGAAAUCCAGAAAGUAGUCUUACCUUUUCAAAAUCAAUAAAGGCUGUUAUCCACACAUGACUGCCUCUCCURUUAUCAAGAAACUUAGCAGCCUGAAUAUUUUUGUGAGAUCUGUUGUAACCUUCCCUGUUUGGGAUCCUUGUAUCUGGUUUGAGUUUGCCCCUCUUUAUGACAAUUUUAAUACACAUGCCUUUUCUUUCUCUCAGAGUAAAGCUAGUGCAGUGCCUCAGUGAUUUUCCUGUGCCUCUGAAUGGGUUAUACAUGAUAGUAAUCCCUGACUGUUGAGGUUGGGGGUGUAGGAAGUUGUCAGCUUAGUGUAGACCAGCUAUGGUGCUGAUGGUACAAUCUGCCCUGCCCCUGCAUCCUCACUGUGGUUAGUCAGAAGUGUCUUGCCCGGCACUGCACUUCUUAUCCCCUUUUGGCUCAGGUAAAACACUAUACCCCUCUGCUUAUAGAUCUAAAGUUCAGGUUCUUAUUGUCAACCAUUGGUGUUGAAUUUGUCCUUGGCUUCUAUCUUUGAGGUCUCGCUUUAGAGAAAGGUAGUUUAGGGUUGGUAGUUGAUACGGAAAAAAAUAUACCAAUGUUAUACUGUUUUGAGGCAGAUACCACUCAUCAGCUUAGCAAAAAUUGCUACCAACCCCCAAUCUCUUAGGAAGGCAAAAGGCAGGAGCUUUUCCAUUUACCCUGCUGCCUCCAUUACAAAACUGUCCUAUAGUUAACAGAAAAGCCUACCAGUCGUAGAGUACUUGCCUUACAUGCACAAGGCCCGGGGUUCAAUCCCCAGCACCACAAAAGAAAAAAAAGAAUAGCCUACCACCACCAUUGGCUUUGUCCAAAGGGCAGAGCAAUUUUAGUAGGAUCUACUUUGUACCUCUCAAACAAUGGUUAAGUCCUUGACRUCGAAGCUACAGUCUUAUUGUGAGACAUAAAUGUCGUGCUUUCCCAACUGUUCCUUCAAAAUUAUUUUAAUUUCAGAUCUGGAUUCUGUACCAGAUGAAGACUUUGUUGGUCAUCUGUCUCCUGCGUAAAACCAGUUUUCUCCAAAGACUUCAAAGGCUGAAUUCUAUUGGGGGCACAACUCGAGGACAGAUUUCAGAGAAAAGUGAACUCUAAGCGCCUUGUGUCUUCCCUGAACCUUGUUUUCUCCUUAGUCUUCCUUUCUGUCCACAGAAGCAGUUACAUCAUCUUUUGUAUCUCCUCCUCUCCUUUGGUCAUCUUUAGAGAGCCAGUCUUUGUGGACAACCCCCAUCUGGACUCCAGCCCUUGACCUAAGUGAGGGCAAAACUUUGUUUCAAAUUUCUGAAUGUUAUUACCAGGAUGAAGGGGCUCCCCAGACCACUGUAGAAGCUAGAAAAGCCAAGGCAUGUUUUUGGAAUCCUUGUAUGUUGGCACAUGGUUCAUAUAUCCAUUUUAAGAUCUUAGUCCAUGUAUUCAGAUACUAUUUUGAAUAAUGCCAGCUAUUCUUUAUUGCCACCCCCUCUAGGCAUCCCAUCCCCAAAUCUUUUCUGGUAUAGGGUGUAUGGUCUUAGAAGUCUGUCUUCAGUUGCCAGCCAUCCCUGUCUGGACUUCAUAAUGGCUGCAGCUUUCUGACAGAACCAUAUGGGUUCCACCCUCAGCUUGCCAGCCUGGUUACUUGGGUCUCUGGGCAUAAAUGAACCUUCCAAGGAGCAGGUAACUUCAGCUUGCAGAGACCGUUGGGGUUUCCCCUUACCUGGAUCUCGCAGAGAUCUACUGCUUCAACCCUCUUUGCCCUGGAAGCCAUGUCCCAGAAAGCUAAACUGCACAGAUUAUAGCUGCUAUUGUUCUUAGUUAAGGGAGAAGAAAAGGACUCUUAGGCACAGACUCUUUCUCUCAAGCCAAACCAGUUCAAAAUGAAAACUGUUCAGCAGACUGUACUAUAUUUUCAUUUUCUCAUGUCUACCUGCUUGGAAAGCAGGAAACUACCCAUGGAAAUCACCCCAUGUGCCCCUCUUUGAAGGCCCCAGCUCUUUUGUUCAGGCCUCAUCUCUUUUCCCCUAGGCUCACUCAACUUUGUAUCCAUUGUCUUGGAAUCCCUCAGUAGAUUCAUUUUGUGGGUUCAGAUUCUAGAUUUUCUGUUGAAGGCAGGGAGCCAGUUUCUCCAGGUUGCUCUAGGCACUCCAGAGAUUCAAGAGGAAGGACAGGCUAGCUGAGGGUUCCCUGGAAGGCUGGGGAAGGGUGCAAGGUUUAGUGCACUGAACCAAAGGAAAUGCUCAUAACCACCAGCAGAUUCUUCCAGGUAGUAACACCUUGGUAUUGAGGGUAAGGCUAAGACUGUUCGGAGUUGAUUUUGCAAGGCCAUUUAAGAUUGCACAUUCUAGACCAACCUUGUCCAGUAUUUUACCUUUUGGAUUGAUUGUUUUAUUAAACAAGCUGAGAUUUGGGCACUGUAUGAAUGGAUCUGUGAAUGGGUGUGCAUUAGCUGUUCUGUGGCCAACACCUUUGUAAAUGAUGCAGUCAUCCUAUUAUCUAUCCUCUAGCCCCACCCCUGAAUAAGACCAUAGCAAGAGCUGGGUGCAGUGGAGGCUGAAGCGGGGGGAAUCUCAAAUUUGAGUCCAGCCUGGGCAACUUAAAGGGACCCUGUCUCAAAGACCAAAAAGGCUGGUGGUAUGAACUCCUGAGUUCUGACCCCAGUAAAACACCAAUACCAAGACAACAGAAGAAUUUGAUGUCAAGAACAACCAAAUCUGUCAAGUAAAACUCAUUUUCCUCUGAGAGGGAAUUUUGCUUCAGGUCUGAACUACAUGCAGGACCAGAGCUGGCACUGAAAAAAGCAGCAGAAUUAAAUUUGAGGGCCCAGAAACACCCUGGGAGAAAGGUUUGUGUGGUUUCUCUGCAGGGACUUAGGCCUACUGCCUACUUUUGGGCCAGCAUGACUUCUGAUGCCCACAUUAGCACAUUACCAGAAUCCUUCUGCUACACACUAGCCCUGCCUGCUUGUGUAGAUUCACUUUUCAGCGCUGGUUUUGAGAAACCUGGAAGCCAUGCUCAGGGGUCUGUGAAAGAAGGCCGAGCUCAGAUCCUGAGACUGUGGGAAUCUCUGACUCAGUAUGUCUUAAAGAGCCCACACUACGUAAACCCUCAGACCCAAGUUUUGGGUAUUGGCUUUUUUAGCCAGCUUUUGUGGGAACUGCCUUACAAAACAAGGGAAGGGGACAUGAGGUCUCAG